AUGGACACCUCCGCACCCACAGAAACACUCGAGCAGAUGCAGACACGGCAUCGUCGUGAGCUCAAAGAUCUGCAAGGUCGCAUAACUGGAAAGAAGAAGAACGCCACCAAGAAGACUCGCAAAGGCGUCAACGACGAGUGUGCAGAGAUGGAGCGUCAACUACGAGACAAGCAAGCCGCCGAGGUUGCCGCCUUGAGUCCGAGCGAGAGCAAGAACGAGGAGAACGAAGAUGAUACUGCUUCUGAGGCAGGGGAUAAGCCAGAGGAAGACAAACUUGCCGAAGAGACUCAGAAGUUGAGUGUCUCAGAGCCAGUGGAACAGCAGCAGCAGCAACCGGGGAAGAAACGAAACCGCCAGAAGGAGAGAAUGGCUCGACGUGCUGCAGAGCAGGAAGCAGAGGCGCAGCGUGCGGAGGAGGAGGCGUCUAACAUGACAAACUACCGAGCGAAGGAGAGCGAGUAUAUGAAGACGACAUUCGAGAAGCACGGCCUAGUAGAGAAAGAUAUCGCCCCCGAUGGACACUGUCUUUUCUCAGCGGUGGCGGAUCAGUUGGGCCAAAACGACAUCCCACUUAGCGACGGAGCUACGCAAGAGCCGGCUUACAAGACAGUACGACGAGUGGCUUCGCAUUAUAUGCUGGAACAUGGAGACGACUUUGCUCCUUUCCUAGAAGAGGACCUUGAAGGCUACGCUCGUAAGAUGAGGGAUACUGCUGAAUGGGGCGGACAGCUUGAGCUCAUGGCAUUGGCACGGCAAUACAAGGCAGAGAUCCGAGUCGUGCAAGAUGGACGCAUGGAGCGCAUUGGCGAGGAAGAGGGAGCCGAGUCAGGAAAGACGCUAUGGCUGGCAUACUACAGGCACGGCUACGGGUUGGGAGAGCACUACAACUCUCUCCGAAAAACAUCAUGA